UGGUCUUGGGGUGGGGGGGGGGGGGAGCGAGAGCGGGAGGGGAAAAGCGUUGAAAUCCAUAAAGUGUGACGAAGGUGCUCGCAGCGCGUCCAGUUCUCCGCCAAGUUUUCUUCGUGGGGAUGUUGAGCUCGGUGAAGAUGGAAGCGCACGACCUGCCCGAGUCAUGGAAUACUUUCUACAGCGAGGCCAACGAGAUGUAUUCGUCACCCAGCAGCAUGAACUCCGCCCUGGCGUCCAUGGGCUCCAUGGGGCCCCUCAACAGUUACAUCAACCUGAACCCGGCGGGCGGCGGCGGGGGCGGCGGCCUGAACAUGGGCUACCCCGGCCCGGGACUCAGCACGUCGCCGCUGACCUCGGUGGGCUCGGGCCCGGCCCACAUGCCGCUCUCCCCGGUGGCGCCCUCCCUGGGCUCGGCCUCGCUCACCCAGUUGUGUCCGGCCGCCGCCCCCCCGGUCUCCCUGUCCCACUACGGCAACAUGGGCCAGUCCGUGAGCCAGCUGGGCUACCCGUCGGGCGCCUCCCUGAGCCGCGGCGGGCCCAAGGAGAUCCCGCCCAAGCCGUACCGCCGCUCGCUGACGCACGCCAAGCCGCCCUACUCGUACAUCUCGCUCAUCACCAUGGCCAUCCAGCAGAGCGGCAGCAAAAUGCUCACCCUCAACGAGAUCUACCAAUGGAUCAUGGACUUGUUCCCGUACUACCGGGAGAACCAGCAGCGUUGGCAGAACUCCAUCCGCCACUCGUUGUCCUUCAACGACUGCUUCGUCAAGGUGGCCCGCUCGCCCGACAAACCGGGAAAAGGCUCCUACUGGACUCUGCACCCGCAGUCGGGAAACAUGUUCGAGAACGGCUGCUACCUGCGGCGCCAGAAACGCUUCAAAAUCGACGACAAGCUGGCCAAGAAGGCGGGCAAAGACGGCAGCAAGGGGGGCGACGCAUCGGGCGACCGCAGCCCGGCCGGGGGCGGCGGCUCGGACGAAGCCGACUCGGCUCACUCGGACAACUCCCACCCGGGUUCCUCCGACGACCAGACGCUGCCCCGCGGGACCGCCAACGACGCCUUGUUGGUGCCGCUCGACUGCCCGCCGCCGCCCGCCGUGGCGCCCGCCUCCUCUGCCGGCAUCUUCCACACCCAGUCCACCCACCACCUCCCCGGCGCCAUGGGGCAGCACAUGGACCUGCAGAGCGAUGCCCUCAAGUCGCUGGACCCCCACUACAAUUUCAACCACCCGUUCUCCAUCACCAACCUCAUGUCCAACGAGCAGAAGAUGGACCUCAAGUCCUACCAGGACCAGGUGAUGGCGUACAACAGCUACGCCUCCAGCGGCUCGCCCGUGCCGGCCAAGCAGAUCUACGACAGUCCCGGACCGGGGGCCAUGGACUCCGGUGCCUACUACCAGACGCUCUACAGCCGCUCCGUACUCAACGCGUCCUAAUCGAACGCGACACAAAAUGGAGGCUUUCCCAAGAGACUCGGAAAUGGCCGCCACGUUUGGAAAGCCGUUCGAGCUCCCCUCCAGAUCCGAACUUAAGGUCCAUGUACUAGUAGCCUCUUUGUCCUCACAAGUAAGGCAAUUCAGCCCCUGCUAGAACAACUGUGUCUUACAAGUAAUCUUUUUUUGUUAUUCCCACAUUUCGAUACACGAGUAGUGGUCGUGUUUGUCCGCUACUAGUGUCAAUUUUGGCCUACUAGUAUGGAAUAAAACCUUGGUCAACUGAAAAAAAGUACUGAAUUUGAUCAUUUUAAUUGGUUGCACAUGAUUAAAAUGUGGUAAACCGACGUCAUUUUCAAAUAUUAGAAUAAUAAGUUAGUUUAACCCGUUUUAAUCAUGUGUAACCGAUUGACUGAAGUACAUCGUAAGCAUUUUUUUUCCCCCGUGUACUAGGCCCAACUGGUAGGCAUGUGUCACACACUAGUAGCCAUUUGAGCAUUUAUUCCUCAAGAUUUAACCUUAAGG